CAUAUCGCUUAGUACGACGUCGUGUUUACGCCAAAAAAAAAACUUACGGGGGUGGUUGCUAGAGGAGAAUAUUUACUCUCACCGGAAAGCUCUCCAAGUCGUCUGUCUCCGUUUGGGUUCUUCACGAGGAGCAACGCCGCGACAAUGCUACGCAAGUCUGUUCUCGAGCUUUCAAUAAAGAGGUUCCCGAGGAGUUUGGGAGCUCAGAGAUUUCAUCUGAGUUCGUCGAGGAAGGUAUCUACUUCUGGUAAAAACGGAGCUAAUCCCGUGGGGAAACCAGAUGCCUCAAAAGUGCCUCCUCCUCCUGCGGGGAAACAAGGUGGCUCUGCGAAGGUGUUCAUAGGAGGCGCUGCGGUCGCUGGUGCUUUUCUGUUAGCGUAUCAGACUGGCUAUUUGGAUCAGUAUCUCGGGAAUGAAAGGCAGAAACUAAGCGAGCUUGUUAAGUCUGGUUCCGUCACUGAGAAACUGGAGGAGUCUCAUCAUUCAAGUGUUGAAGAUUCUGCUGGAAUUGGCUCCUCGUCAUCGGAUGGUAAAGCUGAGACGCUACCGGAAUUUCCAGCUUCUGUGGGAAUGCCGCAGAGUGACGUCGUAGAAGUGCAGCCAGAGUCUGAUCCAACACCUGAGCGUUAUACAUAUGUUUCUUCGUCUAACCAACAAGAGUCACCUCAAGAAAAUGCUGCUGAUGAAGGAGAGAAAAGCUUGCCUCUUUCUUCCGAUGAUGAUUCGAAAACUAAGUCUGACGCGUCCCCAGAUGUUGUUUCUGAGGCAGAAAAUGUGAAGUUGGAAGCUGUACAUAAACCUGAGGACACUACUGUUAGUGCCCAGCCUAGUUCGGUUCUUACUGAAAGUGAAAAGGAAUUUGCAGCACUAAAGGAUCUUGCCACUGAAAAGGCACCUGAGGAUGGCAUUGAGCGGGAAGUAAAAACGCCAGGUUCUCUCCUUAAGGAAUACAAUCUAGACGGCAAUGGAUCCUCAUCAGCUGGGGAGCAACUAACUAACGAAACUGAGGCUCUUCCCAAGUCCACUGAGGGGCUGAAAGAUGGUUACAUGACUGAGGAUGGAAAGUUGGUACUUGAUUUUCUGGAUGCCAUUCAUGCGGCUGAGGAAAGACAGUCGCACUUGGAAGCCCAAGUUUUUGCUGAAAAAUUAAGAACCUUGAAGGAGAAGUACGAAAAUGAGUUGAGAGAUCUUAGGGCACGUGAAUUAAUGCGUAUAGAGGAGGCGGCAAUAUUGGAUAAGGAGCUAAAGAGAGAGAAAACAAAAGCAGCAGCUGCUAUCAAGUCAAUCCAAGAGAGAAUGGAAGAUAAGCUCAAAACAGAAAUUGAACAGAAGGAAACUGAAGCUCAGUUGGCUUUGAGUAAAGCUGAAGAAAUGGCGAAAGCUGAGUUGACUGCGGCAAUUGUUAAAGAAAAGGCAGCACAAAUCGAAAAAAUGGCAGAGGCAGAUCUUAAUAUAAAAGCAUUGCAUAUGGCAUUCUAUGCGCGCUCUGAAGAAGCUCGCAAAAGUCAUUCAGUUCACAAGCUCGCAUUGGGUGCACUUGCGUUGGAAGAUUCACUCUCCAAAGGACUACCAAUCCAUAAAGAAAUGACUAUGCUUCAGACUUACCUUGAAGGCAUUCAAGAGGACUCAGUCUUAGAUUUGGUGAUAUCAUCUCUUCCAGAAGAAGCAAAAUCCAAAGGAACCGAUACAACACUGCAGCUGAACCAGAAGUUUGAUACCUUGAAAGGAACCCUUAGACACUUCAGUCUCAUUCCACCUGGUGGCGGAGGAAUCUUAGCACAUUCUCUAGCUCAUAUAGCAUCUUGGCUCAAGUUCAAGGAAGUGGACCAAGCUAAUGGAGGAAUUGAAUCUGUUAUUAAGAAAGUUGAUCUGUACUUGGCUGAGGAUAAACUAGCAGAGGCAGCAGCUGCACUUGAAGAAGGUGUCAAAGGAAGUAAAGCAGAGGAAGUAGUCAGUGAUUGGGUGAGACUCGCAAGAAACAGAGCAAUUACAGAGCAAGCUGUAACAAUUCUCCGAUCAUAUGCAACUUGCGCCAGCCUCACUUGAUCAUUCCUCUUCUGAUCUUACAUUAAAAGGUAUUUUUUUCUUUAAUUCGAUACUGAAGAGUCCCCGAGUUCAUUGAUUUUGCUGGAAGUAGUACCAACCCUUUUUGGUUAGAGGAGAAUCAAUGGUUGUUACAAUACUCUCUUCUUGUGUUUAUGUCUGCAUGCAAGAUAAAUCAGACAAUGUUUCUUUUGGGAUUCAGCCACCGGUUUGGUGUUUAAAAUCACAUGUGUUCUCGAGAGAGACAGAGAUCUUUAUCUGAGUUAAAAUGUUACAAGAAGUUUUAAUAAAAAAUAAAGAGAAUCUCAUUGAUUAUGA